ACUGCGGUUACAGAAUUGUAAAAAUAAUGGUAACAAUAAUUUUCGAGAUAACGAAACCUUGGAAGCAUUUAAGGUGUCGCAGAGGCGAGGGAUGACGUGUGCCAACAUCCCCAGUGAUUUCCUCGCUCAAUGCCAGAUCUCCUCCCCUUCUUGGUUUCUUUUUUCUUCUACCAAGGGGCUGACCCUCCCGCGUCACGAGCUUCUUGUACAAAUACACCUCCGAAACUGCCUCAGAAUCUGCUGCAACGAUUUCCACUCGGCGGUGUUCAGUACCACGACCGCGUUUCCUCUUUUCGUUCCGAUUCGAGAUCAAAAGGAUCACGAUUGAUUCGGACGAUUCAUUACGAGGACGCUUUCGAAGGAUCUUUUCGUCACUCGGGCAAUUAAUCGUACUUAUUGAUCGUGCGAUGUAGUUUCGGUACGGUUGCGAUUAAAUCGGCUCAAGCGAUCUCUUCGCAACGCAUAUACCAUAAGCUGUAGAGUACAAAAUAGUAAGAUGUCAUCGCUGAAACGUGAUGCAAUUCUGUAAAGAUAACCGAAACUGAACUUGGUUCAUUAACAUCGUUAUCCUUUGGUGCAUGAAUAUGUACCAUAUAAUUAAAUUGGAAAUAAUGUAAUUUAUGAACUACGCAAGAAGUAAGGAAUCAGAGUGACACAAGAAGAGGGUGAAAUUAGUUUUACAAAGAACAGAGAAAAUUUACAUUGUUUUUUAAACUUUGAAGUUCUGAUUGCAUUCGGUCACGGAAAAUUAAAUUCCGUAAUGCACAGAAGAGACGAAACUCUUUGUUCUCCGUUACUUUCGUUCGGUCACGAAAUGGCGACUUACGCCUUGUUCGCCAAGGCAUUAAAUCCUAUUGGAUUCCACCGUUUAUUGGAAUUUAUACAAUUUUCCACUUCCGUCCUUCUAUUUUCAUUUUAUUAUCAUUACAAUCAAUGAAAGAAGAAUUCUACAUUUUUCGAAAUAAAAAAUCGAAGAGCUUAGCAGACGAAUGGAGCGUUAAAUUAGUUUAAAGGACAAAUAUGUCAGUCGAUGCGUAUCAAGAAAAAAUGAUUAUGCAUUCGGAGAGUUCGAUCGAUGGCUCGUUCAGCAAAUAGUGUUCCUUAUUGCAAUCGAACGUCUCCGUUUCGACUAUUUUUAGAGGCACUGCUCUAUAGGAUGUUAAGGUAUCGUCAGGGACCUUUCGUAAUGGAGUGAAACGUUAUGCAAUUUUCCAUGGUAGCUCCCAACGAGAUUCAUGUACCAAUUUCUGUACGCAUAUAUCGUCGUGCAAGAAUGGACACCGCAUAUUUCUUCGUACGAGUUCGAGUCGGAGAAAACACAAUGGCCAGAGAUCUGCGACAAUUCUCUUAACGCGUGUUUGCCCCGUGUACAAUGGACGUCGGCAGCGUGUCGCGACAAAGGAGAAAACGGUUCGUGGGGAUGAAGAGAAAAAGAGCGCGUAACCUAACGCCCCUGUGAGGACCAGGUCGAGGAAGCGCAACGUGGUCGAAGGAGAAGGGUCGCUCGGUCGGUCGCUCGCGCGCGCACUCACGGGGUAGCGACGAGAGAGGAGAUCGGUAGCGGCUGUACCGGGUAACAUAGGCAAGGAGGACCCGCGUGCUUCGAGGGGUGGCGAACCCCUGAAGGACCCUAGUCGGUAGCGGUGACCUCCUCCCUCCUUUUCCCUGUCUCCCUGGUCUCUCUUCCUUUCCAACCCUGUCCCCUCCACGGUGCUCGUCAUCCCUGCCGCGACGGCACCGGAGCACGAUCAUUGGUUCACCGGUUUCACGCAGACACGAGGAGGCACACGCAGCUGCCACUAGCUGUCUCUUGUUCCACGGCCGGACCCGAUCGGCCAGUCCAGAGGAGAAGCACCGCGCGUGCAGUAGUUAGCACGUUGUCUGUCACGCGUGAGACCAACGCACACGCUCGGUUCUUUUACGAUCACUCGUGCACGCGUCGGUGGUUCUGUUAUAUUUUUUACUCAACGUGCGCGAUCGUCCUCCCGAGGGCAUCCGUGGAUCGCGAGCAGACGCAGCUGCCCCUUGGUGCCUCUCGUGAUCACCGUGAUCACCACGAGUCGUGCAGAAGUUCGGCGAUUCUCGUGCACGCUCGUCGACGGUCGUCGACUACCGUCAUCCGUCGCCAUCUUGACGGGCCUCGUACCAAUCAACGGAGCGCCGAUCGUCACGGACGAAGAAGGGUACACGGGGCGACACCUUUCGCCGGCGACGCAGACCCGUCACCAGGAGGCACGUGUCGCGGCCACCGGGGAAAAAGACGUGCACGACACACGCGCGCUACCAAGAGGACACCGUCAUCUAGCUGCUGUUGCUCUUCCCUCUAAUUUACGACCAGCCACCCCACCCCCGCGCGGUGAACGGUCGAUUUACACCAAGAGGCGCACGACCGCAUGUGCGUGUGACGUUUUGAAUUUGAGCCGCGAGAAAGUAGUGGCGUCUGCCGGGAGGCCCACGCACACAACGUUUUUCGGUACUUCGUCGUCCGUGUCCCCUUCCCCCUCCAGCUGUCACUUGUCUUGCCCUCUCGGUCUAACUAGUUCCCCUGUCCCCUUCUACGUCGCUAGUCACAGUUCGCAGGGCGUCGCACGCAGGGCGGUACCGAUGCCCUUUCGACCUCCCGCGGUCAUCCAGAGUACGCAAGAGUGCUUCCGUCGCGCGACCGUCUCGUUCUCGAUUCUCACGUUCCGCAAUACCGUGCUUGCGAAGAAGUUCUUCCAGUUGCGGGUCUGAAAAUUAUAUCUCGAGAAAAUUUGUAUCGUCCUUUUUUCUCUGUUUCACCGCGUCUUGUAUUAAAAACAAGAUCGGAAGAUCCAAGAGUACGUGAUUGAAUAACACAGGAAAAUCCAUCGUUUUUAUUUUUGCCGUACACGUUGGGAGGUGUAUGCGCAUUCGUCCAUGUACACCCACGUGCGUCUGUUUUGAGUAUCCAAGUGUCACCGAAUCCUGGCAAAACGCAUCUAGUCACGCGUUCGCUACCAAAGCAAACGGAUCUCACUCGCAGAUCAUUGACGAUCUUCAACAACCGAACAUUUAAGAAAACAAGCUUUAAGAAUUUCUCGGUCUAUGCUGGAAAAAAGGGAAGAGAAGCGAGGUGACGACGGUUCGACUCACAUCUGUUCCGAUUGGAAGACUGCUUAACCGACGACGCGUGCAUCGACCGGUAGAAACAAAGGAUCGCUAAGGAAACGCACGCUUACUCAUCCAAAGAAUACGGCUUCGCGUGUCAGUUAUGAACAAGGUUCGUGUGCAAACAGCGUUUUGAGGAGAUGGAUCGUCGUCAGCAACGAUAAACCAUUCUCGGCAGUAUCGUCGAGGAUGUCGUAGAGGGACGUUAUCGUGUGUUCGUUCUUGGUGUGCGUGCGGUGCGUGCGUGUGUGAUACCAUUCGAUACCAAGGAGACGACGAAUUAAAAAAAGGUUAGGAUGCCGCAGUGCGCCGUGGCUACGUGCCGCAACAGUCAUCGCCGUACCCGUGGCUGUCGUAUCCGCUACCAUCGAUUCCCCCAGAUACCGGAAGUGCGCUCGCGAUGGGUGCGCGCGUGCGGUCGCGUGCCCCUCUCGAACGGCGAGAUACCGUUCAACAUACAAACAGCGCGCAUAUGUUCCCUCCACUUCACCGACAACUCAUACGAGAAGGAUAUGGAGCACCUUGUGCUCGGUCUUCCUGUGCGCAGUAGGCUGCGUCGCGGCGCUGUGCCGACGAUCGGUGUGCCGGUGAACGUGCAGCCGGUCACCAAGAUGCUCGUCGAGGACGCGAAGCGCUCCCUCCUCAAGGUCACCCAUGCUAAAAUGCUAAGCGAACAGAAAGUGACCGGCAACAACGGACUGACCAGCAGUAAGCAGCAGCAUCAUCAGCCGGCCACGGAGAGGCGGCAGCAGCACCACCAACACCAUCAGCAGCAACGUGCCAAGAGUGCCAAUCAACAGAACCAGGAGCAAAAGAUGGCGGGCAUCGAUGUGCUCCUUGCCCUCGGUCUGAAACCCGCGCCACGCUUAAACAAGAUGCACGCAAUGGAAGGUGCGGCUGGAAAUGGGAAGAAGGUGGACUCGGCUGAGAAGACGAGGGACGAGGAAUCUUCGAGGGCAUCGCCGAAGGUCCCACAAAAUCAGCAAAAUGGUGCAGCGCUUCCAGAGGAGACCGCCGCAGCUCCAACCACCGUCGACUGUUUACGAUCAUCAUCGAUAAAGAAGGAGCCUCUGUGUGAUUCGGAAUCAGAAGCGGCUAGCAAGAGUUUGCCUUCGUCUGAAACGACUCAACAAAAGCCCAUUGCAUCGCGUUGCACGAAAACCGAAACAGAAGGCAGCAGCAGGAAGCGAAAGUCGACGGACGGCCAGUUGUCGUCGAACGGGAAUUCCAAUCCGAAGAAGUUGUGUCUGGAGCAGAGGGAACAGUAUAUUUCAUCCCUCGUCGGCUGUGAGAAAGUUACCGCGGAGGAACUCGCUGUAAGGGCUGAUCAACUUCGAGCCGAAGUCCAGGCCCUGGACGAACUAGCACGUGCCAAAGAAAUGGAAUGGAACGAGAUCUUAAGUAUGAGAAAGUUAAAGGAGGAAGCGUACCUGAGAGUCGAAAGAAGGAGACAAGUUAUGGGAUUCAUGGAGGGCAAUGGACAACUAGCGGAUACAUUGCCACCGGCGAGUUUGACGUUAGGCCCCGAAUGGGAGAGCAGCGGUAACACUACUCCUGUAUCCAAAGAAAAACUGAGCUUCGGUUCGAAGGAGGAUCUACCGGAAGAAAGUUCUCAGGAUUCGCCAGCAUUCAAAAAAGAGAAGACUACGAAACGAACAUCGCAUCGCCAGUCAACACCUCCGAAACAGAGCGGAGAAAAUGGCCGGAAACAAGCGGAAGCGCUUAGCCCGGAGAACAGACAAAUCGGUGAGGGGCGUCAGGGAGCGAUCGUUGAUGUCAGGUCUAUCAUCGCGGAUUACAGACUAAGACAUCCUGAACCGGUACAACGCAGGGGCCGAAGAAUGAGAAAUUCGGUGAAUGUCGGUCUGGGAGCCGGUGGAGCUAUGGUCGAAACAGGUCACAGUGUUGACUCAAGGCCAUCUAGUACAGACUCUUCUAAAAGCAACUCGAACACAGUUGACCCUAACAAUUCCAUGAGCUUCAAGGAUGUACUUGUACAAUUUGCCAAAUUGAGCCAACAGCAAGGUGAACCGGUAAAGACACCUCAAAAUUAUCCAGAUGUGACGCUUCAUCCUGUCGCACCGUCACCAGCGUCACAAAAUACCCCACCUCAGCAGAGUGGUUCGUUGCUUCAUGGAAUUCUCACGAAAUCACAAUCUCCGAGACCCACUACUUUUUCACCUACUUUAGCUAGAUUACUCACCGCACCUGAAAGAGAAAGGAAUGCACCUACAGCCGCGUCCAUACCGCAGCAAAGUGCGGCAACCCAGCACCUUUUGCAGACAUAUCAAGGCUCUAAUCCGGUUUCCAUCAGUGACCUCCUAUCUUCCUCCAAGGCUCGAACUGAAAUAACAAUAACUCCGGUCAUCAACACCCCAAUUCAAUCCCACGUGGAUGAUGUUGAAGAGGAGUCCGCGGUAAUCGAGGAUAGAGAGACUCGCAUUUCUUCGGGAGGUAGGGAUGCCAGGGAGGACAGAGACAGUCCUCCACGAUGCCAAGGAUGCCACGAACGCGUAGCACAAUUCGUGUGCGCCGGUUGUGGCCAUCAGUGGUAUUGUAGCCGCGAGUGUCAAGUCGCUGCGUGGGACGAGCACUCAGAAGUCUGUUCUGGUUAAGAAUACGAGCACGUAUCAAUCUAAACCUCGUACUCGCGUUCGGGUUAAAUACCUAUCAAACUGGGAAAGAAUCUAGUCAAAAAAGAAUGGCCAAGAAUUAUAAUGCGUUUUUGAGUACGAUAAGAGGGAGAAGGAGAAAUAAUAAGAAAGCAAGUGUAUAUUUUUAAGGAUUUCGGAAUAUGUUUAAUCUGUAAACAUAAGUUUUAUUUCAUAAUGAAGGAAACGAAAGUUCGCUGAGAUAAUGACGAUUCUCGUGAAAGAUUAGUAUUUACGACUUUAUGGAAGUGGAAAAAAAGAACACGAGACCCUCAUUUUGACUCUGAGGAAAGAUUUAGAAUUCGAGUUGGAACGAUCAUUGCUUAACUGUAAUCACCGCGUUGCUUUUACUCGUUAUCAGUAUCGAACGGGCAUGUGUCUUCGUUCAAACAAAUAGGAGAGUAUUAACCCUGCUGAAAUUUAAGCAUUUAAACGUGUAUCUUCCAAAGGACGAACUGUUCGUGAGAUUCCUCAUGUAAUAGGAAUUCGUAUUGAAUAAUUAAAACAUUCGUAAAAAAACUUCGUGUAUCGAGAAAUUUUUUAGAUUUUAACCAAUGCAUGACGUACAACGUACGCUAGUCGAGAAUUUUCAACUUUUUUCAAACCAGGAAAAAAGGAAGCAGACCAGAAUUUAAUGUAACUGGUACGUGCACUCGUAACGAGGAACAAAGCACAAAUCUAUCUCGCGAUGCUGUACAUAAUUUUAUACGUUAGCAGGGUUGUUCAGCGUCAGAUUAAAAAAAAAAUACAAGGAACAAGUUAACCGUGUGCCAUGCGUAAGAUUCGUUUCAUGGUCAGCUUAUACGUUAAAUCUUAAACAAAUUUAAGUUAUAGAAUAUUCGAGUGUUUUUAUAAUCCUGUCUUCUCGUAUCGUUUUUCCAUUUUCUUUCUCGUUUUGAUUUUUGAUUUCUUUUCGUAAAUACGUCUUCUUAAUUAAAUUAAAGUGAGAUCGCGUUCGAUAAUCAGAAUAAGAGAUGUACACGAACGUUCUGUUCUCGUUUUUCCAUUAAUUUGAGAGAAACACAUGUAUGAACAAUACAUAUAUGUAUCGACUACCAUAAUUUUAUACCACGUUUGUUACCAACGUAUAAAUUUAGAUUUAAUGAGACGUUAGUCUUAGCGUAGGUUUAAGAUACUUCUUUUCUUCUUUUUCGCAACUUGUUCGUUGGUAACAUAUUUGACACAUUAUGAUUUCGUUUCUUCUAUUUUCUUCAUUUUUUUUAAAUUAGUAUGUUACCUAAACGAGAAUUGUCCCAAACAUAAUCUGUAGUCCAAAGUUCCUACAGGUACACGCAACAUUAUAUGUAUAUAUUUUUCCCAAUUACUGAAGCAAACCAAAAUAAAGUUUUUAAUCGUA